AUGAUGGGAAGUGAAACUGUGGAAAAAGCAGAUCUCCGGAUCAGGAAAGAUUAUCGAUUUGAUGCCGUUGAAUGUCAAAAUCCCUAUGAAUUUACCAUUGAUCAAUGGAAAAAAGUGUUUAAUGAAGAAAAGAGACCGAAAUGGGUAUUAAUCAAUAGUCCACCACUUUUUGAUCAACCUCAAACAAUAUCUACAUUUGAUCAGUACAGACAACAUAUCCUCGAUAAAACAUUGGACUAUGCUAAAGAAUUGAAGAUAUCAAAAGUUCAUCUUGUGAUGAAUGACGUUAGUAAUUCCUCACAAAUACCAUCUGUGGUAAAUUUAUUGAAAUUAGCUGCACAAUACUUUGCUCCACACAAUAUUAUGUGUCUCAUCGAACCACUUUCAACUCGUUCAGACUAUUAUUUAAGAUCAUAUUAUUUAGCGGCAGAUAUUGUUCGAGAAGCCAAACAAUCGAAUCUAAAAGUUAUGUUAGACUCAUUUCAUUUACAAAGAUUGCAUGGAAAUUUAACAGAAAACAUUGAACUACUUGCUCCCUUUGUUGGUCAUGUCCAAAUAUCCCAAACGCCGCUUCGAGAUUGUCCAAUGAAUAAUGGAGAAGUCAAUCAUAAAUAUUUUUUACAAAAAAUAGCCACUUUUUAUCAUGAUUAUAUUGGAUUAGAAUAUAUAUGUGUGAAUUUUGCUCUUAUUAUUGAUAUUUUAGGUACAAUGUUUGUUUAUAUGAAAUUGUUGAAAUUCAAGUAA